UCUCGAUGACUCCUGGUUGAGGGUCCGCUGGCCCCCGUUUGAAUGGUGUAGCAACAUUGACGAAGUACUCACUUCUCUCGCACCUAAACAUGCAGCUGUCUGUUCUCUUUAGCGCGCUUUUAUCUUUCGUCAUUCUCGCUGCAGCGUCACCCACGCCAAGAGCCAUCUCGAUUGAGAAGCUUUCCUCCAAACCAAAGGAACUUGACGCGAACUUUCGACGUGAUCUCCCAGAAGAAGCUAAACCAAAGGAACUUGACGCGAACUUUCGACGUGAUCUCCUAGAAGAAGUUAAACCAAAGGAACUUGACGCGAACUUUCGACGUGAUCUCCCAGAAGAAGCUAAACCAAAGGAACUUGACGCGAACUUUCGACGUGAUCUCCUAGAAGAAGCUAAACCAAAGGAACUUGACGCGAACUUUCGACGUGAUCUCCCAGAAGAAGCUAAACCAAAGGAACUUGACGCGAACUUUCGACGUGAUCUCCUAGAAGAAGCUAAACCAAAGGAACUUGACGCGAACUUUCGACGUGAUCUCCCAGAAGAAGCUAAACCAAAGGAACUUGACGCGAACUUUCGACGUGAUCUCUCAGAAGAAGGUAGGAAAUCCGACAAACUUGAGACCAACUCCGUGACUUAUAUUUCGCACGUUACACGCGAUGGCCUUGUUAUUCCUGAAGGUAUCACUAAGAAGCGCGAGGAGCUGGAUACUGGCACUAUAAUAUAUGCUUGGUACGACGGUCCAGGAGGUGAGAAUAUAACUAAUCUGCCAUUUAUUCAUUGGAGUAUCAAACCUUUUGCACCAGACAAGAAGCGCGAGGAGUUAGAGACCAACUUCGUGGACUAUGACCCGCGCGAGGAGUUGGAGACUAACUUCGUGGACUAUGACCCGCGCGAGGAGCUCUCGUCGGCUAUUAAUUACGACGGCUAGGACAACAGCCUAGUACUACAUAACAGAAACAGACGGGCGGGAGAAAAGGAAUACACCAAUAAAUGACAUCGGUAGAAUAUUCAUAUCAAGCUCAUAUGUCAACGACUUUUAGCAUCCAAACACAGACUUGGAUCCACCUAGGCAGCUGCAAAAUAUUUCUCCAACACACUCUUCGACACGACAUGCUUCGGGCAUCUACGUCCCGUCCAUGUUUCAAAUUGCACACAGCCCUGCUCCAGGAGCACCUCAACCCUCAUAACUGCUGCACUCUUCGCGAGCAUUAGAAGGGGCGUCUCAGCAGGUUUGUAUGUCAUGUCCACAAUCACGCCAUUCGCUGUCGCGUCAAACAGCGCCAGCGGAAGAAGCACGCCCCCCGGGCUAGUGCCGCGGCCGGCGGUUGUCGCACUCGCGGACGGCGGAAACAAUGACAGUUGGUGCAGGCCCCCCU